UUUGCACUUGGGAGAACUUGGAGAGUCAACGGAGAGUUGCGGUUUGUGACUGCCGAGAGCUUUUAUAAAGUGCGAUGUUGUUUUUAUUCGUACGUUAAUUUAUUGAACUUCUUCCAGCGGGUCGCGUCGCGGAUCUUGCGUAAUAGAAAAACCCCUACUCCGCAGCGUGUUCUAAGUUCGCAGCUCAUCGCGUUCUGAAAACACUCCGUUUUUUGCCACCGGAUGGUACGAAGCGUGAUCAAGAAGAUCCUGCCUACUUCUGGCGUUUGACACUGCACCAAACUUGAUUCGAUUGAAACGUGAUCCGAUUUUCGGUUGAACACAGCCUCAACGAGUGAGUGAAUUAGUGUUGGUGCUUUGAAAACACGGCUAGAACUCGAUCCCAGCCGCCAGUCGUGAAGCAUAUGUCGGCCGGGGAAGAUCCGUGUGGAACAAUUUUGUCCUGCAGUGUCAAUCGAUUGCUGUCCUAAAUACGGUAGGCUCAUCUGGGCUCAUCAGUGCAAAAGCAGUCCUCGGUGUGUGGGUGGUGUUUGUGAUAUUAUUUCCUUACUGUCUGCAUUUUUUUGGGGGGCAAAUAGCCGCAGGAUUUAGUCUCGCAGUUGCGCACUAGCGACCGAAGCAGAACUGACGGAUACACGGAUUGCAGCCAAAACAUUGUGUCUGUGUGGCAGUGAAUCGCAGUGACAGUUCGUGGUAAGGAUCCGAGAGACUUCCCGUUAGUUCUGUGAUUUUUUUUUGUGAAGAAUUGAUCAAUCAAUUUAGAACCCCAUCGAUCCCGAACGAACCGAAACAGUUGAGUGUGUUUCUGGAGAAAAAAACAGAAGACUAGUAGUAGCUGACGUUCGUGUGUUUCCAAUGUGGUAUGAUACAUAAGACUCUAACUGAAUCAUUAAGUAGAAUAAUCUACGAGCACCCUUUCCUGAACCGAGUUCUUCCAAGUGGCAACCCGACAGCCGCAGAAAGCUAAUGUCAGUUACCCGUAGUUAGUUAGUGAAUAAAGUCGAAACGACAAGCCACCCUCGAGCUUGCUCUAAGUGAAAAGUCAAUUACUCUAGUUAUUAGGAUUAGCUAAACGCAGCACACAAAACACACGCGCACACACACACACACCAAAAUGUCUUCGCAAAAUAUCACAACGUCGUCCAACUACUGGGACUUCCUGUUCACCGAGCUGGCCGACCCGAGGACGAACCAUUGGCCGCUGAUUUCUUCACCGGUUCCGGGUCUCACCAUCAUCGCCAGCUACCUGUACUUUGUGCUGAACUUCGGACCGAAAUAUAUGGCCAACCGGAAGCCCUUCCAGAUGCAAAAGUUUCUGGUGGUGUACAACUUCCUGCAGGUGCUAGUCAGCUUGUGGUUGUUUUUUGAGGGUCUUGACGGAGCAUGGCUGCGACACUACAGCUGGCGGUGUCAACCGGUGGAUUGGACAGAAUCACCCCCUGCAAUGCGGGUUGCCCGAGGAUGCUACGUGUACUUCCUGGCCAAACUUUCCGAACUGCUAGACACCGUAUUCUUCACACUGCGGAAAAAAGACAAACAGAUUAGCUUCCUGCAUUUGUACCACCACACGGUGAUGCCGAUGAUCUCCUGGGGUGCCACCAAGUAUUACCCCGGAGGACACGGAACGUUCAUAGGAGUAAUCAACUCAUUCGUUCAUAUUGUGAUGUACAGCUAUUACAUGAUGGCUGCCAUGGGUCCACAGUUCCACAAGUAUCUGUGGUGGAAGAAAUACAUCACCGAUCUGCAGAUGAUCCAGUUCGGAAUGGCCUUCAUGCACUCCGCCCAGCUGCUGUGGACUGAUUGUGGAUAUCCUCGCUGGUCGGUGUGCUUCACCCUGCCAAAUGCAAUCUUCUUCUACAUGUUGUUCAACGAUUUCUACAAAAACACCUACGGAGUCAGGCGUGCUGCCCGGUUGGCCGCUGCAAAACGCAAAGCGGAAGAGGAAAGAGUGUUGCGGGAGAUCCACGGAAAACCCGCCGAUAAAGAGCUGUAGGCUCCCUGGACUGGUCCAAUGGAUACCACCAAAUUUCACCACCGUAGUUUAAUCACAUUCCCUACCCCCUCAACCACUUCGCCAUCAGUCUGUCUCAGUCUUCAAGGAGAAAAUUCAUUCCCUGUUCGUAGAACAAAGUUCAUAUUUGCUCAUUACCAGAUCUACUCAUAGGUUAGUGCAAAGUUGUGUGAGAGAACCUUCGUUUUGUAAGGGCGUUUCCUAGGUAUGUAAGAUAAUUUUAGUCAGUCUAGUUGAAUGAAAGUGUAGAAAUGUUUUACCAACUAGAAAUAAAAGCGACAAGUAUUAGAACGACGA